UAGGUUGGUGAUCAAGUGUUGCAGGGCGCAAAGCGCAAGAAGAGUAAGUAUGGUGGGUAGUUGUCUAGCACUCGUCCAUAAGGAGGAGUAGCACGCAACGUGGGUUUGGGGAAGGUGGGUCCCCGGACCGAUCUGAUCAGCGCUGUCUAAUAAUGCUACGGUACGGCAGCCGGGCGCAAUUACGGUGCUUUCACAAGCACUGUACUGGAAGAGAGCCGAGAUGUCCUGACGCAGGCACGACCAUGUAGUGGCCGGUAGGAUGCAGGAUGGGGCCGUACGGCAUUGGGCGCGUCCACGGCGGGCAUGCACAGCGGUGAGUGGUGGACCAUAGGCUCACACGGUGCACACGAGUGGAAAAGGCGGUCCAGCUAGAUCCUCGAAACGGGAAUGGGCCUAGGAAAAACGGCGUAGAGAGGCCAUGGCAGUGCGGCGAAUUCCAGGUGCGUGGGUAUCGGCGAGUCUACGAGAGAGUCGAGGGCAUGGCAGAGGGAGGGGAGAAAGGUGGAAUUUGAAAAUGGAUGGAGAGUGGCCGGCAGCUGGUGAGGUCAGAGGGAAAGAUCGGCAGCGACGCCGGAGCCCUGACGACGGGCUGGCGCAAGGCAGGCGUAGCAGGGAACCUCGCCUGGCACACAGUUCGGCGAGACUUCGUCGAGGUUCUGGCAGCACACGGCGCGGUCACAGGCGGAAAAGCCCUAAAGGCACCGUGAUUCCUGCUGAGUGGCCGGCGCGAAGCCUGCGAGCUCCAAAACUAGCGAGCGCUGUAGAUCGAGACAAAGGGACGCGAUCGGUUCGCAGGCACGUAGCGCGAUGCAGGGCCCCAGCCAACAGCGCGCUUCGGGAAUGGCUGCACGCCGGCGUGCUUGUGCCGGGUGUUUUGCCAUCAGGCCAGCAAAACGGCAGCCAGCCCCUCAGACUUGGCGACUGGCUUUUGCUGGCGUGCUGGCGGAAAUUCGAGAGAUCCGGAGACCAUGGUGCGCGAUGCCCAAGGGUCUUCCGAAGGCGGGAGAAGCCCGACGCGCAGGUGCUCGAGGGAAAAAACCCAAAACGCUAG